AUGCCCCGUUCGGACCAGGCUUACUCCUUACUCGAAUGCUCUUUCCAGGACGCACCCAAGUUGAAAGCCCACAAGACUCUCCCACGUAGAAGUGACGAUUUUCGGACCGUCUUUCCCGCCGCCGCUCCAAUCAAGGCUCAAGCUUCAUUCACGGACGACGACGGCACCCCAACAGAGCUUGACGACGGAUACCCUAUCUUGGAACCUUCCCCGGGCGUGUUAACUAGAACAGACUCACAUUUACCCCCAACACCACCUACAAAUGGGCAGGGUGACACUCAACACCCAGACUUCGGGCAGCGUACGCUUGCGAAUGGUACGAUGCCAACCCUAAUGUCCAACAAAUCCUCAUUUAGCACUCCGAUCAACCAGCGGAGUCCGCCCACUCCUGACCCUAGCCCUCCGAGGACUACCGAGUCCCUGAGCUCUCUCGAACGGCCGCCGUUGUUUCCAUACCCAUCCUCUUCAAGGGCCGAAUCCUUCAAAACUGCUAAAGAGGAGCAAUCGACAGCGGGAGAUAGUAGACUGCAUCUCCCAAUAGACGGUACUUCGGAACACCAGUAUAAUGAGCGAUCUAUCUCCGUAGAUCAAGACGAGAGGGGAUUGGGGCUGGCAUUUGAGUAUGAAGAUGGCGAUUUGACGCCGACGGCACGUAAGCCAUCUUCAGAGCUUGUCGCGGACAAGAAACCUCUUGAGGAUGAGGAGCAGGUCAGGGGCUUUGAUGACAUCCCGAAUCGGGAAUGGGACACAAAUUUAAUGAGGAAUGUCACUGUCCGCAGGAAGCGCCGAGUCACGAGUCCGCCUAAACAACCACGACUGGACGCCAUCGAUACAACGUCAACUGGCACUGGCUCCACCGUGAGAAGGUCCUCGAGCUUGAGAGAACGUGUUGAAUCAAGCAAAGAGAGCCCCCACACGCCAUCCAUGGAGAGAUUUGCCCAAGACAUCGGGUGGCCGACUGAAGUUAAUCAUGCACUCAAUUCGCACCUGCGAGAGUCCGAGUCCCGACGACACUCUGGAAUGUCCGCAUCAUCUACAGUGGUUGAAGCAGUGGUGAUUGUUACCCCGCCCCAGCGUCGGCAGACUCUUCGUCACACUGGAAAAAAUCUUGUUCGGCGUGCAGAUGGCACCUCUUCCGCUGAACCCAGUCCAAUUUCCAGAUCAACCCGAAACUCAUCAAACUCCGACGAUCUUCCACUCCAUCGACUAGUGCACCGGAAAUCUCGAAUACCAGAGAGGAAGCACAUGGUCAAUGGAGAGUCAGAUGUGCCUGGACUAGAAUCACCUUCAGCUCUCACAUCAUCUGGAAAGUCCCGCGGCGGGACCAGACAUACAGCGCCGGUACCACACAACGAUGCGCUAGCCCUUCAACCUGCAGCAGAGAUAUCAAAGAUUGUUCCGAAUCGAUCAAUCUCGAACCCGAAGACCAGCAGUAGUGCUCUAAGUUAUCAAAAGCGAGUAUUCUCUGCACCAGAAGCUACGAGAGAUAUUCAAACCCCUCAAUCACCUCUCAGGACGUUUUUCGAAGUUACUCCGCCGGAAUGCCCCAACGAAGAGACUCAUUUUGUACCCAAAUAUAAGUAUGCGAGCAGAAUCGCACCAAGGAACGUGCCAAUAUUAGACACGACCUUUUCUUCGAGGGCUGGUCUUGGAUCUCAAGAUGCUUCUCCAACGUCCCCAAGGCUCAGGAGAAUGAAACGCACGUCUGAUCAACUCUCCAGUCCAGUUGAUACACUAAAGGCGCUUCCAGCAAUUCCUACAGGCCCGCAACUUCAGAUGGCUGAGCUGCAACGAGAAUCAGUACCGAAGCCAUCCUCGCUCCCUCUCCUGGAUGUUGCCAAGGCUCAUCGAGGUGGCCAAGCAGAGAGCCAUCAUUCUCCCACUUUCGAUACGACAACACAGGACAUAGAGGUUCGCCGAAGCAGAAGUUCGGCAGGUGAAGCCGAACGCCGGAGAACGUCCUCGUCAGAAAUGGUGCCGACGGUCAAGGAACCACAGUCCUCAGCGCCAGAGCACCCUGAGGUGAGACACCUGAACUCUACACCUAAUCACUCAUCGACAUCCCAGGAUGGCUUCCUGCAUCCCGCGCUCGACAGAAUACCCACAGAGGAGCUUCCUCAUCCUCAUCGAAGCUCCAAUGGUUCAUUGUUGCAUCCAGAUGACCGCAGAAAGAUAAGCUUUGACAGAUCUACAACACGCACAGAGGAGCAUGCCUUGGCGCGCCACCUCUACGCUCAGUCUACACCAUUUUCGCAGUUCUCAGAUACGACUCCAGACGCCUUGGAAGUCAGCGAAGCCACCGCUGUCAGCAUCUAUCCUCACAACAAUCAUUCCCUGCUCGUGGUUCAGCAACUGUCGCGUUCGAACACUCUUCCUCUUACUCGCCGGGAGCUCACUCAAGAUUCUGUGCACGCCUCUCGGCUGUCUGUUGAUACUCACAGCUUUGAACGACAGAACACACAACCUUCACUGACCUUCCAGCCAUCUACCCCAACCCAGCCUGUCGGUGUCCCGGAGCUAGGUCCUGUCGACUCUCCCCUCAAGAACCCACGAGAGGCCCCUGUACCUCCAGUGCUCAAGUUCAUCCCGCCAACCCCAGUCGAAGAACUCGACCGCCAGCUCCAACCAGGCCCACCACCCCACACCAACUCCCUCCCAGUGCGCCGCCUCAGCCUCCGCCAGCGCGCCCGCCGCUACUCCGACACCCUCAUCGCGCCCCUCCUCGCGCGUAACCCCAACUACAAAGCCCGCGCCGCUUCGAGCGGCACCCCGCGCCACGAGCACUUCACCGACCACGCUGUCCCCACCGUCAGCGAAGACGAGGGCGGCAACUUGCACCCCUUCUGGCGCCCGCGCGGCUUCUGGGACGGCUUCGAGGACUCGGACUCAGACUCGGACUCAGACUUUGGCGACGCGCGCCUGCCCUCGGGCGGCGACACCAGCGACGUGCACCUCGAGCAGCAGGGCGGCGGCGGCAAGCCUGGCAAGACCGGCAUGCGCACGCUCGGCCGCCGCCUCACCAACGGCUUCAAAGGCUCCGGCGGCUUUCUGAUCGGCAACUCGCUCAGCGUAUCGCGCGCGGGGACGAAUCGAAGGCGGCAUUAUGUCGAUGUGCCCGUGCGGGCGCGCUCGCCGCCGAGCAGGGUGCGGUCGCCGCCGGUGGUGCCGAAGCUGGUGGUGCAGCGGCCGACGUUUCCGCGGAAGAAUGGGGUGCGGAAGGCGGGGAGUCAGAGUACGUUGAGGAGCCAGCCGAGUUUUGAGCGGGGGAGGGGAGGCGGCGGGAGGCGGGAUGAGUGGCGGAAGGGGAAGAAGAUUCCGGGGAUGGGGGUGCAGGUGCAGUAUAUUGGGUUUAGUGGGGUGAAGGAGAAGAUUCGGGAAAGGAGGGAGAAGAAGUGGGAGAGGGAGAGGGAGGGGCGGAGGGAGGAGAUUCGGAAGAGUAUUGGCCCGAGAUUUUUGGUCGAGGGGGCGAGGGUGGUGUAGGUUGAUUGAGGGAAAUGCGGUCCCGGUUAGUAUGACUCGGAUCUUUGGUUAUGCGGUGGCUAGGAGGCCGUUGGUUGGAUCUCGACGCCCUCCCUAUUCUUUUGAACCCCUUCUUAAACGACUUCCUCCCUAGCGAGCAGUUCUUGCGCGGUGUUCCGGCGGGAGUAUUUUGGAGGUUUGGAUUCCUGGACCGGCUCCUAAAACCUUUCUUUUUCGAUGAUGGCGGAUUUCUUGAUGAAUAUCACGAGACUUACGGUAUACGAGGUUUAUGGCUUGCUGGUCAUGCUUUUCCUUGGUUCUUUUUGGCGGGUGAAUGAUGGGGAGCGUAGAUUGGGAGGGUGUUGUGUACUACUACUAGUUGAAUGGAUGGAUGGGUGGUGGG